CUCGUCAUCUCUGGCACCCGCUACAUUUCUGUCUUUGUCCACGUCUAACUUUUCACUGCUUCUUCACUUGUACAUUUUCUACUUCCUUUUCCACUGCUCUCGCUACUUCACUAUUCUGUUUCAAGUCUCAGUGCUCAUACUAAAUUCAGUAUAUGUCCAGACGUCUCAUUUCCAUAUAAAACUUUUUUCAUCUGCCACUGCGCCGUUUCGACUAUAACUACUCCGUUCCACGUCCCAGACCCUGCCGUCAAUCCGAAAUACACAACUUUUGGCUGCUGCCGUCUAUGAGUCCUUUUUUAGUUGAGUCCGCUGCCAACACAGACCAAGACCGUUCGCAAAGGUCUACCACUUUCAACGUAGAGACCCCACCUACUCCCCGGUUCCACCAUCAGCCGUACACUCGGAGUUCGUCUUUCACUGCCGCUAUCGCAGCAGCUGCGGCCAUAGCAGCCACGCCGACGUUAUCAAACAAGAUCCAAAAGCUUCCAGCCAUGAGUAGCUCACAGAGACGAUCAUCGCACGAUGGCUUACCUACAAAUUCAAAUAAAACCACGUCAAAGACGAGUACUACCAGUAGUUCCAGCACCACUAAUUCUACUAAUCAUAUUACCGAUUCCAUUACAAAUACUGGUGCUAUACCCAUUACCAGCAUUCCUGAACCUUCUAAUGCUUUCCCCAACUCGGAUCCUCUUGUGGGUAUGGUCAACUAUUCACCCAAACACUCGCGAAAACGCAGUUCGCUCACCAUGAACCGAAAUAUGAAGAAUUUGUCAUUGAACCUAGGUGUCAGCCACUCCAAUAGUAGUUCUGUAGAUUCGAACUCCUCAUACACGUAUAACGCCAACUCACCUCUGAAACUGCUACCAUUCAAUCCUCCGCCAUCGUUUGGCAACUCGUCCCAAAGAUCGCUACCUUUAUCUAAACUCAGUAGUCACAACCAGUACGACUCACCGUUGGUCACACCAGCAGUGACCAGAACUCCUAACUUGCCUCCCAUGAUACCGAGACGAGCUAAUAGCAGCUCAGCACCUCAUUCAAGCGACAUAGACGUAUCACGCGAAAUGGGAUUCAAGUUCCCUGCUUCAACAAACGUAUCCCCAGGACAAAUUCGAAGCUGGUCGAACACAUCCAGCCGUAAGAAUUACAGCAAUAGUAGCAGCAACAGUUUGGAUAGUAGUGACAUUCGGAAACUUAUCAUUCCUGAAGAGUUACAGGAAUCGAAUCUGCUCAACGCCUAUAAAGAUGGGCCUCGUAAUGUACUCAACGGCCAGAUCUACUUGUACUCAGACCCGGUCCACUCUGAUUCAAAAGUAGAUAUCAACAACUUUGACCUCAUCGUCAAUGUUGCCAAAGAGUGCCAAGAUAUGUCGUUGAGCUACCGUAACCAAGUAGCGGGCCAAAGAGAGUAUAUCCAUGUGCCGUGGUCUCAUACUUCUGCCAUCUCCAAAGACUUGCUAGCCAUCACCACCAAGAUGGAACACUUCUACUCACUGGGCAGACGUAUUCUUGUCCAUUGUCAGUGUGGAGUGUCACGUUCAGCUUGUGUCGUAGUUGCGUUCUUCAUGCUGAAAUUCGGCUUAAAUGUCAAUGAAGCCUACGAGCUCUUGAAAUCGGGAACAGAAAAUAUCAACGAGACUGUCAACAGAAUUAUUGGUGAAAAGGGCAACCGCAUCGAUGCGUGUGACCGUAUCUGCCCUAACAUGAGUUUGAUCUUUGAACUCAUGGAAUUUGGCGAAAUCUUGGGCCAGAACUAACUACUAUUAACGAAUGAUGAUCAUAUCUAUCGGCUAUAAGGAAAUAUACAUAUAGACGUAAAACGCGGUUAUUAGAAAAAUGU